AUGCCUGCAUGCUUCCCAGGAAAUAGCAAGUCAAAUGGAAAUGAAGCCUGGUCAGAUGUGCCUGCAGGUCUGAUUGGCUUGCAGGUUGAGGACUUUGCCCAGCUUCGGGCACCAUCGAAAAUGAUUGCAAAAGCCCGGCUUGUCACCGCACUGGGCACCAAGAAAGAGCUGAAUGGAGUCUCAACGCCAACCGGACAGAGUUCCCGCUAUCACCUCCAUGCAUUGGAGGCUGUUUGCCUUGUUCUUUUUUCAUGCUCAGUUUGGCUUUGGAAGGCACGGCACAACAGCUGCACAUCAAUCAACUCGCAUUUUAGUAUAUCGGCGCUCCGGCUCACGGAUUCCGCAGAAGUCCAGACACUGUUUGCUACGGUGCAGUCCUUGAACUUCAAAGACAGUCAGAAGGAUGAGCUGAUGAAGCAGAUCGGUGAUCGCUGCGUGGCAUGCAGCACACCCAAAUCAUGGGGGAGCAAGAAGUCCAUGCAGACCUUAAAAGGUGACAACUUCUCCGUGGAAUCCUGGCGUCAGCACAGAGCAAAGUUUGUAGUUGUCCUCGUUGGCCAGCUCGCAAGCAAGUACUGGCUCACGCAGCGGGAUGAUUUGUAUCUUUGUGCCUGUAAAUACUUUGCUGUGGCCGGACGUUGCGAGCAUGAGCAGUGCGUACACCACAUUCUCAAAUCGGGGGGCAUCGAUCUCACUGUGGUCGGCCGAUUGCACGGGCGGCCGCCGUUGCCAUCCUCUGGUUCUAAGCGUGGCUGGUCCUCUACCGCCCUGCACUGGGCUCAGGUGAAAGCCGAUCAAGAAGAUCAGGUCUCGGAUGUAACCUUCAUCUCGAACCCAGACCACCCCAUUAAGGCGAAGGCGGCUCGAAUGGCUAUAGUCUUCUGCAGCCUCAACUGCAGCUGCCCGACGGAGCCUACUUCCGGCCGGGCUGUGGGAGUGCUCAACAACGACUUUGGCCUCACAGAACUCGACGACCCUCAAGUGUUUUACAACACAGUUCAGGCUGUGAAUUCCUGUUGGAGGUCGCGGUUCAAGUCCAACUCCAGUGGGCCGACGAGCCAUGUGCACAACUGCACGACACCGGCUCUCGCAUAUCUGAUAGAAGCCAGUACCUGUUUACGAGCCCUCGAGACGACCUUCGACA